AUGGCGGCGACGAUGGAGAUGCAUGUUGAGCAUGCGCACGAGUCCUUCCGAAGAAGAAGCCUGCUCUUCUGCGAGACUCGUUUCAAAGAGCAAGACGCGACCAUGCAGCCUGUCCACGACUACUUGCGAGACAGCCUGCAACAUCGCUCAUUCAACACUGGGAGCUGGAAGCGACUUGACAGGAAGCUCUCGUUACCGGAGAUGCACAUGAAGUCGCCGUUCGCACCUCGGAUGAGGUCGGAGUCGACACUCCUCAACGAUAGGAGCUCGUACACCUCUAUCGUCAGACGCAACAGCUCAAUCUUCACAACUUCCCAGAUCAACGGGGACAAGCUGCUGCAAACGAUUUGA